AUGCGCUUUACAACAAUUCUUCGACCAUCGGCACGCCUCGCGCCGCGUCUUACACCCGCAAUCCGCCCUCUACACCAAACCCGCAUCCUCACCCAAGAGCAAAAUAACGACGAGAGCGUCAUCGACGGCCUCGCGGGAGGAAGCGUCAAGGGCCGAACGGGCGGUGGCGAACCUCUUGAAGCAAGCUCCUCCAACGCACCGCCGCAGCCAAAGGUGUCCAACCAGAGCAUUCCCGGAAGCACCCAGACCGACACGCUCACCGAGGAGCAGAAGCGCGAGGUGGAGGAGCACAACAAGGAUUUUGAGAAGAAGCAUGACCAUGGGAAUCAGGCUCCCGAUGACAAGGUUGACAAGAAGUUUUGGGGUGGCGAGCGCCAUGGGGAGCGAGAGGAGACGGGAAAUGCUAAGCCACCCAAGGAGAAGAGUUGA